AUGCCGCUAAGAUUCAGCCAUAAGUCUGUGGCCCGGCGUAUUCCAGAGCGCCCUAUCUUGAAGAGCCCCGCCAAUUUGUGUGUGGUGCUGCUGUGUGUUCUCCUGCUGACUGCCAUCACAGUGCUGUGGAUCAAAUGCAAAAUCUUGAAUACAGAAAAAGACCAGUUACAGACCAGUUACAACAACCUGACUAUUGAGAGGGACCAGUUACAGACCAGUUACAUCAACUUGACCAUAAAAAGUGGCCAGUUUCAGAGGGAGAGAGAUGAAUACCUGAGGAGACUUUGUGAUUUGGGUAAGUGUUUCAUCUCCAGUUCCAGUCUUUACUGGAUGUCUAAUGAAAGUAAAAGAUGGACUGACAACCAACAGGACUGCUGGAACAAAGGAGCAGACCUAGUGAUCAUAAACAGCAAAGAGGAACAGGAGUUCAUCUUUAAAAUAAAGAUCAGCAAAGCAGCUUGGAUUGGUCCGAGUGACAGAGAAAGAGAGGGCGAGUGGAAGUGGGUGGAUGAUACACCACUGACGGCUAGGUUUUGGGGAUAUACCGAACCCAACAGUAAUGAAGCAGAUGAGGAUUGUGUUCUAGAAAGUUAUUUUUCUGGUUCUUUGUUGAACUGGGCUGAUUAUCCCUGUAGUUCUAGGUUUACAUGGAUUUGUGAGAAGAAAAUCUUUAACUAA